UACACAAUCACAAUUAAUAGCAUGGCCCCCUCGGUGACUCUGGCUCAAGGCCAACUAGUUGGAACCCAGCUCGAGGACAAUUUCCCACAGACAGUCGACGCCUUCUUAGGAGUGCGAUACGCAUUGCCGCCUGUUGGAGAUCGGCGAUUCAGACCUGCAGUGAAAGUUCCGAGCUCAUCAGAUACUGUCGAUGCAUCCAAGUACGGCCCCGCGGCCCCAGGCAAGGCAUUGCUAUCGGGCGGGCCAAAAAUAGAGCAGAGCGAAGACUGCUUGACUGCGAAUAUUUUCAGGCCUACUGUUUUUGAUUUGGCUCAGAAACUUCCAGUCGCUGUGUAUAUCCAUGGCGGUGCCUUCAACCGUGGAGCGGCGACGAUGCAUGACACCGCCUCCAUGGUGGCGUGGUCGGAAGAGCCAUUUGUGGCCGUGAGUUUUGGCUAUCGCAUUGGAGCACUUGGGUUCCUCCCAUCGAGUCUCUCACACGCAGAGGGGUUGUUGAACCUGGGAUUGCGUGAUCAAAUCCACCUGUUGGAGUGGGUUCAGGAGAAUAUUGGUCACUUUGGCGGUGAUGCCGGGAAUAUCACUCUUUUUGGUCUCUCGGCUGGAGCUCAUUCUAUCGGUCAUCUGCUGCUCAAUUACAACGCGAAUAUCUCACCCUUGUUCCACCGUGUUAUUAUUGAAUCGGGCGCCCCCACCUCUCGCGCUGUCCGCCCAUACAACGCAAAAGUUCACGAAGAUCAAUUCCAAGAUUUCCUGAAGGAAGUCGCUUGUCCUCCAGAUCUACCCGAAUCCGAGAUCUUCCCAUUCCUACGGUCCCUGCCAAGCUCAGUAGUGACCAAUGCCCAAACAAUCGUGUUUGACAAAUACAAUCCCUCGCUGCGAUGGGCAUUUCAACCUGUAAUUGACGGGGACACGAUUGCCCGCAAGCCUCUAGAGACAUGGGAGUCAAAGGCUUGGAACAAAGUCCCCAUAAUGACCGGCUUCAACGGAAACGAAGGCACCAUGUAUGUUGACAAGCAAAUGUCCGAGGCAUCUCAGUUCCGUCAAUUCUGGGAGAACCUGCUGCCUGAACUCUCAUCUUCAGAUUUGGAUACCAUUGAGAAAAUUUAUUCCGAUCCGUUGGUUGAUUCUUCCUCGCCAUAUGUCGAAACUAGAGAGGGCGAAGGUCUUGGUCCCCAAUAUAAACGCAUCGAAGCUGCAUAUGCGCACUAUGCCUAUGUCGCACCGGUCCGCCAAACAGCAGAGUUUGCAUCAUCGCAAGGGGCAUCCGUGUAUCUUUAUCAUUGGGCACUCCCACGAACACUUGUUGGUCGUGCCAACCACGGCGAUAAUAUGUAUUAUGAGACAUACAACACUGGAAUUACGGGGAUUUCAAAGUCGCAGAAAGACCUAUCGGGUACUCUUCACGCGUACCUUACCAGUUUUAUCACCAAAGGCGAUCCCAAUGCUAUCACUGGACGGUAUAGCGACCGACCCGAGUGGAAGCCCUUCAAGCCUGAUGAUAGGAAAGUAAUGAUCUUUGGAGAGGGCAAUGACGAAUUAAUUGGCGGGGAUACUGCUCCUCCAGCUAAAUGUGUUGCCGACGAUUGGGCAAGAGAGGAAACUGAGUUUUGGUGGUCGAAGGUCCCUAUCUCUCAAAUUGCUUGA